AUGCACAAGCCUGGGCGGAGAUCUAAUCGGGAGGGCCGUAGGCCCGAGCCCGGUGAGAUAACUAAACGCGAGGGCCGCAAGUCCGAACCCGGUGAGAGAACUAAAGGCGAGGGCCUCAAGCUCGAGCCCACUCGGAGAACAAAACGUGAGGGCCGCGAGCCCGGUGAGAGAACUAAAGGCGAGGGCCGCAAGCCCGAGCCCGGUGAGAGAACAAAACGCGAGGGCCGCAAGCCCGAGCCCAGACGGAGAAUAAAACAUGAGGGCCGCAGGCCCGAGCCUGGGCGGAGAUCUAAUCAGGAGGGCCGUAGGCCCGAGCCCGGUGAGAGAACUAAACGCGAGGGCCGCAAGCCCGAACCCGAUAAGAGAACAAAACGCGAGGGCCGCAAGCCCGAACCCGGUGAGAGAACUAAAGGCGAGGGCCUCAAGCUCGAGCCCACUCGGAGAACAAAACGUGAGGGCCGCGAGCCCGGUGAGAGAACUAAAGGCGAGGGCCGCAAGCCCGAGCCCGGUGAGAGAACAAAACGCGAGGGCCGCAAGCCCGAGCCCAGACGGAGAAUAAAACAUGAGGGCCGCAGGCCCGAGCCUGGGCGGAGAUCUAAUCAGGAGGGCCGUAGGCCCGAGCCCGGUGAGAGAACAAAACGCGAGGGCCGCAAGCCCGAGCCCAGACGGAGAAUAAAACAUGAGGGCCGCAGGCCCGAGCCUGGGCGGAGAUCUAAUCAGGAGGGCCGUAGGCCCGAGCCCGGUGAGAGAACAAAACGCGAGGGCCGCAAGCCCGAGCCCAGACGGAGAAUAAAACAUGAGGGCCGCAGGCCCGAGCCUGGGCGGAGAUCUAAUCAGGAGGGCCGUAGGCCCGAGCCCGGUGAGAGAACAAAACGCGAGGGCCGCAAGCCCGAGCCCAGACGGAGAAUAAAACAUGAGGGCCGCAGGCCCGAGCCUGGGCGGAGAUCUAAUCAGGAGGGCCGUAGGCCCGAGCCCGGUGAGAGAACUAAACGCGAGGGCCGCAAGCCCGAACCCGAUGAGAGAACAAAACGCGAGGACCGCAAGCCCGAGCCUGAUCGGAGAACAAAAUGUGAGGGCCGCAAGCCCGAGCCCGGUCGUAGGAUGAAGCCGUGA